AAAAUAGUCUUGUGGCAGCCACCAGAGCGGGCAGAGUCUCUGUGCGUUCCUCAAUAGUUCGGAUCUCUAAAGUGGUGACCAUUUGGAGGUGAUUCCCAAAAAAUCUCUGCAAAAAAAAAUUCAAAACUCUGCCCCAUUUGGAUUUAUUUUUUUCUCACAACACAAAGGAACUCCUUUUGCUUGGAUAAAAGAAAAAAAGUGUUUGAUUCUGUGUGGAAGUGCUUUUCCUUCGAUGGAUGAGCUUGGAAAAGGGGAAAACUUUAGCUGUAGGAUUACAUGACUACCAGUGUGUUACAUAAUUGCCGGUGAUCGUCUCCACAUCUAACGGAUUAAAGCUCAAACGGGAAGGCUACAAGAAAGCUUUUCUCCUUCUGUGCUUGAUAACAAAUUGGUGUUGAAUUUCAAUGUGAAUGCUUGCAGAGGAGAGAGAACAUUUGAUAAUUUAAUUCCGAGGGUGUGUUCUUCUUUUUGGACACAAAAUAUAUGUAUGUAUGUAGUCGCAUAAGAACACAAGAAGUGUAAGCUAGACCCUAAAAGUGGUACAACAUACAUAAAUUGUGAGCUUUUUUUGGGUGUGGGAUUUUUUAUUUGUUUCUCUGGUGGGGUCCUCUCGUGAGAAUUCUUUUGCGGUGUGAUUCGUUUUGGUGUGUGAGUGCGGGGGAGGGUAGCUCCGUGGGAAAGUGGUACUCCUUCAAGGACAACGCGCUUGUGGAGACCCGAGAGAUUGUCCUCGAGGGCAAUCAGGGGACAAGCGAAAGGGGCUCAGUGAUAAUCGUGAUGUGCGUGUGAAAUUGGUAGGAAAAUUAGGCCAAAUAAAUUGGUAUUUUAUAUUGUUCCCGCAGCGGAACUAGAGCAUCUUCAUUCCUUGGAUAAUUCCCUCAUUUUGUCUCUCGAAUCAUCGGUGAUGUUGGAAGGGAAGAAAGGCUGAACAUGCAUUGAUUUUUUUGUCGUUUAAAUUGUGUGGAAGCAGCUUAAUGUGGUGGGAAGAUGGAAGAGGUCUAUGGUGGAGUCAUGCUAAAUGAACCAGGUGCCACAUUAAUUGUCGACUCUGUGAUGAAUAUGGGACAGGUUCAGGGUGAAUUGUCCCAUAAAUUGCAAAUUUAAUCGAGCAUUUGGUCGUUCUGACGCGGGGGUGGGAGACUUUUGAUGGAUUUUCUUCCACAUCCCAACUGCGAGAGCCCAACAACGGUCCCUCAGCCUAAAUCACACCCACGCAGAGCAGAGGAUGGGUGAUGUUGGCAAAAAUUGCAUUUUCGCCGAGUACAGUGUGAUUGUGAUAUACCGCGCUACUGAAUGCGCCACGUAGGUAAAGAUAGGGGAUGAUGGACGUGAUCGAGUACUAUCGAGAUAGGGCAUCCACUUCACAUGAUUCCUUAUGAUACGUGCAAGAUUCGGAGAACUCAAGAGUCGUGCAUUUGAGUGGUUUGUGUGGUAAAAUUUCUGUGUUGUGUGUGUUGUUUUUUUUUUCCUAUACUCCGGUGGUGCUCGGUGGUUUCGAAUUUCUAUAGAAUUGCUGUUGUUGGGGGUGCUAAAACGUAUCCCACCCGCAGCUUUUACGCCAUAUAUAGCUUGGGGAUACAUAAAAAAAAGUGCUAAAGUGCGGUGUGGUGCUCGCUUUUCCUAUCUACACCCACAUUUUACUGUGCGAUGUUCUCAUCUGCCAAAGGGGCGCAAUGGGAAAGCAUAGAGAGUCUUAAAUGCCAGUGAUUGGAUGGUAUAGAGUGGCCAAAAGGAUUAGGCAAACACAGAGAGCCCGAUAAGAGAGCCACAUAGUCGAAAACAUGUUCACAGCAUCGAUUUAUGUAUUGUCACUCGCCGCAAUUCUCUGCCAUGGCUUCUCAUCUCCGAAUGUAUCCAAAUCACUAAAUCCCACCGCACAGCAUGAUGCUACACCCAGGGCUGAGGCACUUUCGAGUUCCGGAAGUGCUCCUCCGGAACAGGCCGAUCUACCAGUCUUUCCCCACCGAUCGGAUGCUGUGUAUUUUAUUGUAGCGGCCGUCGGAGGUGCCCGCACGUGGAGCCGCAUUCUGGGGCGUACACUCCUCGACAUGGGACCACCAUUCAGCAGCCCCCAAGGACCACCCCUUCGACCUAUCUAUGUGGAUCUACCGCAGAACGGCAGAUUCUCCUCGAAACUCCUAACGUCACUGUGCCAGAAGAGCGAGAAUCAACCAUUGACUGGAAUUAUUGUGAUCGGCGAGGGACAAUCCGCUCGUGCCACGGCACUCUCUGGGUCAGCAAUGAAGCUGCCGGUGCUAUGGGCAAAGGGCGGAACCGCCAGCCUUAAUGGAUUGCACAAAGAGAUCCAAACACCUUUUCAAGCGAUGCUGCAACCGUCCUCCAAGGAAAUUCUCGAAGCAAUAAGAGCACUGUUUAUACAGACUCACUGGCAUUCAUUCUUUAUCAUGUCGGAUGUGGAGGCGUCAAUGAUGCUGGGAGGAAGUGAAGGUGCACCACUGAGAGAUCCACCACUUGUUCCUACAAUUUUACCGCUUCCGGCAAACAACGAUGAUGUGUUCAGGCAAUUGGCCCAAGUGUCUAAAUCAACGAGGGGUGUUGUACUUCUACUGUGCGACUUGUUGGCUGCCCGGAGAGUCAUGGCGGAAGCACAGCGACUAAAUAUGGUUGGGGGUCACUUUAUAUGGCUGUGGGCUGACCCUAGUUCAUCCACGGAAUUCUACGAUGUUACACAGCCGGCUGAUGUGGAGCUGAGCGAGAAGCUGGCCAAUGAAAAUCCCGAAUUUUCAACGGCAAUCCGAAGGGAAAGUGAUUCGUGGUUUGAUCCAGUCGAUGGGACGCUUUCGCAUCACUUGGAUGAUCUCGAGGAGCGCCGGGCGGAUUUCGAUGAGUACGGUGUGAGAAAGAAGCAAAAGGAUAAAUCUCGAAUACUUCCGCGGCAAUUUGGGGGGCAGAUUAUGGGGCUCACAAGCAAGAGUGGGAUAAAGCCUGUGAGACGGAAACGAGAUGAUGGGAGAAAUUCUUCAAAGUCACCAUUUGCUGAUGAAUCCUCGUCUAAAUCCGCGGAAGCAAAUUCGGAUGACUCGAGAAGCGAAGAAAGCCCAGAGGAUGGCACAAAAAGCCCGCAAGAGGAUACAGCCAGCAGCGAAGCGAGUGACAUCAAUCCCGUGCACAAUGACAAUAAACAUUCCAGCGCAAUACCAAUCGAUGGUGUUGCAGCAGAUGGGAGCAAAUUAAAACGAAACCCCUUCCUACAUCCCAAUGACACAGCACACGUGCUCUUUCACCACUUCAAUGACUUUCCAGUGGGCUUCCUGGCACUACGCCCCGUCCGCAUGGCCGUUGAUCGACAUUUUGUUCGUUCAGCUGUGCGUCUCUUUGCCCACACAUGGGCCACCGUUGAACUAGAGGCUGGCACUCUACGACCCGAUGGGACGGUACAAGAGUCCCAGACACCACGAAAUCGCCAAGGGAUCCGAGCACGGGACCCACAAUGGCCAGAGAGGCGAUCCAAUAGGAAGAUAGAGCGUCGGAGGCGCGCGGCCAAAAGUGAAGUUAACAGUAGUUUUACGGGAAGAACUUUAACACAUAGUGACUUAAGUGUAGAUUUAAGUAGUAGAAUUACACGUGACAACACAAGUGGCUUAAAUGUUAAUGAAACAAGCAAUAACCAUGACGCACUGACGCUCAAUCGUUAUGUGAAAGUGAGCAUGGCCAAGCGACAGAAUACAUGGUGGGCCGUGAAUACUACGGACACCCCAUCGGGACAGAUCAAAAGCACAACUCCCGAAAGGGUUGGGAGGAGACUGAGUGCACCCCAAUACCGUGGAGGGUGCUUUGGUACCUCAAGCAAGGUGGAUAUUCGACGAGCGGAAUAUUUCGCGAGAAUCCUUCGGGAGAACACAAAACUCGCAAUGUCGGGAAAUAUCUUAGUGGAUGGGACGACGGAAAAGCCUCUAGUUACACACUUUGAAAUCCUCAAUCUCGUUCCGAGUGAUAUGAAAUUGCGCCAGUCGCCGGAAUAUCGGACAGACAGUGAGCACGAGGAUGAUGGUGGUCGGAAGUGGCGCCGGGUGGGGUUAGUGUCGGGUACGGACGUUCACCUGGAUACAAUUGUAUGGCCAGGUGGGGAUAUUGUGGUGUCGGGACUCUCGGCACGACCACGUUCAGUUUUUCGUGUGGUAACCGCCCUCGCACCCCCCUUUGCCAUGGAAUCCGAUCUCGAUGAAGACGGAUUGUGCCUGAGAGGACUGUACUGUCACCAAUUGUCCAGCACAGGUCGACACAAUCUCUCGUUGAUGUUCAAUGAGUUAGAAACGAGAAAUCGACUCGUUAAAGGUGUUCAUGAGCAGACAAGUCGUUCCAAUGCGGCGUACUCUCCAUCAAGUGGGGACAAGGAGACUCAUCAAAAUGAAGCCAAUUACAAGACAAAAUGUUGCUACGGUUUGUCAAUGGACCUCCUUGAAAAUAUUGCAAUGGAACUAGGAUUUGAGUUUCACCUCUACAUCGUACGUGAUGAGCUUUACGGCACGAAAAUGCCAUCUCGACAGUCAUGGGGAGGUCACAAAUCCCCAAGCAAUCCCAUUGCGGAAGACACGAAGAAUCUUCCCGUAGCUACAGGUCACAAAUCACCCACUGAUGGAGAUGAUGACCUGGAAAAGAGAUAUCGCUCAAAUAGUGAUCCAAAUAAUAUUUUUGGGCGAAAGAAUCAAAAGAAAUUCUUCACAACAUCUGGUCAGAGGAUAGAUGCAGAUGCGGAUACAGUUAACAUUCGAAGUUCCACAGAACGUCGUAGCCUUAGGGGGGAUCAGUGGAAUGGAAUCAUUGGGGAUUUAGUUUCAGGCUCAGCAGACAUGUCCUUUGCGGCCCUCAGUGUGUCCAAAUCUCGUGCUGAGGCCAUCGAUUUCAGCGUGCCGUACUUCCACAGCGGUGUAUCCCUCCUUGCAGCCCCAAAGACCAAAUCCGACAUCCCCUUGCUGGCAUUCCUCCUACCAUUCUCCCCCGAACUCUGGAUUGCCAUCUUCACGUCUCUCAACAUCACCGCCAUCGCCGUGGCGGUGUACGAGUGGCUGAGUCCGUUUGGCCUAAACCCAUGGGGGCGACAGCGGAGCAAAAACUUCAGCAUGUCCUCAGCUCUGUGGGUGAUGUGGGGACUCUUGUGUGGUCAUUUGGUGGCCUUCAAAGCACCCAAGUCGUGGCCCAAUAAAUUCUUAAUCAACGUUUGGGGUGGCUUCAGUGUGAUAUUUGUAGCAUCGUACACCGCCAACAUUGCUGCCCUUAUAGCUGGAUUGUUUUUCCACAAUGCUGCCAACAAGUACGAUGCAUCGCUGCUAACACAGCGUGUUGGAGCACCGAUUGCGUCAGCUGCAGAGACGUAUAUACAGAAAAACGAUAAGCACUUGUGGGAGCACAUGCGGAAGUACUCAUUGCUCAACAUAGAGGAGGGUAUUCGUGGUUUAAAAAAUGGCUCUUUGGACUUGCUUAUGGCAGAUUCUCCCAUACUCGAUUACUAUCGUGCCACUGAUCAUGGAUGCAAUUUGCAGCGCAUUGGUGAAACGUAUGUGGAAGAUACUUAUGCCAUUGGAAUGACAAAAGGGUUCCCACUGAGAGAUUCAAUAUCAGCAUUGAUAGCAAAAUAUUCGAGUAAUGGAUACUUGGACAUCCUCACGGAGAAAUGGUAUGGGGGUCUACCAUGCUUUAAGCUGAGCAUUGAGAUUGCUCAACCACGUCCACUUGGAGUUGCUGCCGUGGCGGGAGUUUUUCUUCUUCUGGGUCUGGGCAUGAUCCUUGGUUGCCUUAUUCUCAUCUUCGAGCAUUGGUUCUACAAGUACGCUCUGCCCAUUCUUAGGCACAAACCCAAGGGAACUGUGUGGAAGAGUAGGAACAUCAUGUUCUUCAGUCAGAAAUUGUAUCGAUUUAUUAAUUGUGUGGAAUUAGUGUCGCCACAUCAUGCGGCUCGUGAAUUAGUGCACACGCUGAGGCAGGGACAAAUUGCCAGCUUGUUCCAGAAGAGCAUAAAGAGGAAGGAAGAUGAACAGCGGCGCCGUAGGAAGAGCAAAGCACAAUUCUUCGAGAUGAUUCAGGAAAUUCGAAGAAUAAAUUUCCUGUCCAGAGUGCAGCAGGAGGAGCGGGAGACAGCACUGCCCGUUGUUGAGGAAAUUGGGUCAAAUUUGGAAAUGGCCGAGGCGGCAGCGCAUGAGAAUCCACCGAAGCACCCCAAAGUGAGUCCAAAGCCGAAGCUUUUUGCAAAAAAGGACUCUAGGUCCCGAUCGAAUUCGUCUGGGCUCAAUGUGCGGCGCUUCAGUACGGAUAGUAUUCUGGGUGAGAGAAUGGACACAAUUGGUCGACGACUCAGCAGGGAUAUCUCCUAUUCCCCACCGGAUCUUGGACAUCGAUUUGAGACAUUUGGGAAGAGUCUAAGCGGCGGAAGUUCAUCCAAAUUCGACACGUACGCUGUGAAGAGGGUCCCUUCGGAGGGUGAUCGUGGGAAGUUUGAUACUUUCAGUGGGACAAGGAGUAGCCUACCCGAGGAACCUGAUAUUAUUGCGAAGAAAUUUACAAACAGAAGGACACCUCUAAAUCUCGAUGUUUACGGUGGGAGGAGAUCGCAGGACAAUCUCGACACAAUGACCGAACUGAAGGAGAGACUAGCACCACCAAUUUGCAUCCUCGAGCCCGAGAGUGCAGUACUCAGGGAUAGAUUGCAUGAGGAAUUGAAGGAAAAAUAUGGAGAACCCGAGAAGAGUAACCAAAUCCGACGGAGUAAGUCGCAACAGCAGGAUCUGUCACCAGCGACGGCUUCACGGAGCAGGAAUACUCUCGAUGUGGUCAGCAAGAGUCAGCAUACAACACCAUCGCCAAAGAGGACAAAGAGAGAUUUAGAGUACGCAAGAACACCAAAGACCCCUGGAAAGACAAAUGGGAAGAAAUUCUCCCUGGAACGCCUAUCGAAGGAAGAGCUAAUGCGCCUCUCACACAGUUCCCAGGAUGAGAUUCAUGAGUACCUCGAGAAGGACAUUCAAUCACCAAAACCCCCUUGACGGAAGGAUUCCUACGAGGAUGAAACCUCAUGGAUUUGAUUGCAUCGCACACGGGGCGAUUCCUAAUGGGCCGGGAAUCACUCUUUUUUUGGACAAAAAAACAACUCAUUGCAAUUUCAACCACACGCUGGACAGGGUGAGACGCAACAUUUUUUUUGGGUGCGCCAACGCUUGUGGGAAUUUUUGCUUGCUGACGACAAAACAUUGAAGAAGAAAAAAAAACAAUUUCCUAUGAAAAAUCAUAAAUUGAAAGAAAACAAAACAAAUUUAUAAUCAAAACUCGUGAUCACAUCACGAAGACCUUAGAAAUUAUUCGCUUAAUAUUUUUUUAAAUAGUCAUUUGGGAUAGUUUUUCUUUUAUUCAUUAGAAUCGAGUGCGAUGCUUCCACCUGUGUAGCAUCGUAAACUCACCUUAGUUAAUAAAUAAAAUAUACAAAAAAAACUGCAACGACCAUUUUAGACUCUAGCUGACAAAGAUAUUUAUAUUAGCUAACAAAAAAAGUAUAGGCGUGGAAUUAAAAUUCUAUUUGCGAGGAAAAAUAAAUAUUAUGUACUAAAGACAUCUUAUUUCAACAAAAAAAAAAUAACUAAAAUAAUAUAAAAAAUAUUUCUCUAUGAGACGAAUUUUAGCCUUGAAACACUUUUAAGAAUGAGAUUUUAGCAUUAAUAGAGCGAUUAAAAUUAAUAUCCCCACGUAGAAGAAAAAAAAAUGAGGAUUUAAAACAAUUUUGUAGUGAAUGGUUGUCAAUUUCAAAUUAAAAAAAAAACAUUGUGCUCCAAAGUAGGGAGGACUCUUAAUGAAAAAAAAACUAUUUAGUAAAUUGAAAAAAUAAAUAAAUGGAAACAAACAAUGCAUUUUGGCUUAAAUGUUUUCUUUUUCACUUGAUGAAAAUAAUAAUAAUAAAAAAAUUAUCUCUCUGGUGAAAAAAAUACAUUAGAAUCCUAAUCAAAAAGGAAAAUUAAAAUGAAAUUAUAAAGGGAUACUAUCUUUAAAAAAAAAAUACUAAAUGAUAUUUCGAAAGAAAAAAAAUUAUCUUAUAUAGAGAGGAUAUGAGAUAUCGAUAGAUAUAUUUUUAUCGCACAAUUUCAAAACUUACAAAAAAAAAAGAUUUUUUGUAUAAUAAAUUGAAAAAUUAAAAAAAUAAACCUCAAAAAAA